UGGAGACUUCCCGGGGGUCCGUGCCCACUUCCAAGAUGGCGGCGGCGGUGGCUGGGUUCCUCCGUCGGACCGGAUGGAGGUUCUUGCGGCUGCAGUGCCGGCCCGUGAACAGGUGUCGGCCCUCCCCCAUGCCACGUGCCUUCCAUGCUUCAGCUUUGGCAAUGAAAUCUUCAGAUGAACAAAAGUAUCAGCCCCCUCCCUCUUCCUCUCAGCAGCACUCUGAGUCACAAGGAACAGAAGAGCCCAAUCCAGAGCCCUCGAAGUCACACCCCCGGUACACAGAUCAGGGUGGUGAGGAGGAUGAGGACUAUGAAAGCGAGGAGCAGCUGCAGCAUCGGAUCCUGACUGCAGCUUUGGAGUUUGUGCCUGCUCAUGGAUGGACCCCAGAAGCCAUUGCAGAAGGAGCUCAGUCCCUGGGUCUCUCUAGUGCAGCAGCUGGCAUGUUUGGAAAUGAUGGCAGUGAACUGAUCCUGCAUUUUGUGACACAGUGCAAUGCUAAACUCAAUCGGGUGAUGGAAGAAGAACAAAAGCUCGUGCAAUUGGGCCAGGCAGAGAAGAGGAAGACAGACCAGUUCCUGAGGGAUGCAGUGGAAACCAGACUGAGAAUGCUGAUCCCAUAUAUUGAACAUUGGCCCCGGGCUCUGGGCAUGCUUAUGCUCCCUCAUAAUAUCCCAGCCAGCCUAAACCUCCUCACCAGGAUGGUAGAUGACAUGUGGCACUAUGCCGGAGACCAGUCCACUGAUAUUAACUGGUAUACACGUCGGGCAGUAUUGGCUGGCAUCUACAACACUACGGAGCUAGUGAUGAUGCAGGACUCAUCUCCUGACUUUGAAGACACUUGGCGCUUCCUUGAAAACAGGAUCAAUGAUGCCAUGAGCAUGGGACACACAGCUAAACAGGUCAAAUCUACUGGGGAAGCACUUGUGCAGGGAAUGAUGGGAGCAGCCGUGACUCUCAAGAACUUAACAGGCCUAAAUCAGCAUCGAUGAGGAGAAAGGAGAGUGAGCCUGAGUGCCCAGAAGAAAAUGAAAGUGUAUCGACAGCUCUUUGAAAAACAUAAAGUGCUGUACCAAUGUAAGGUAUUAUUCAGAACAAAUAAGAACUUGUCCCAAACAUCACCCUAUGCAAUGAACCAGCUAUGUGCAGGUUGCUUUGCUGACUAUUCCUGACCAGAAACUGGGUCAGUUCUUCAGUUCCUAAUGCCACAUCAGACCUCUUGUCUUCAGCAACCUCACGCUUCUGUGUAGCAGUCGUGUUGUUGGAAAAUCAACAUUUCACCCAGCUAGCCAAACAAGGAUGCCCACUGAGUACCUUACUCUCACCAUCCCAACACACUGUGGGCCCAGGAAUAUAUUGAUCAUGUCUUAACCCUCUCCUAAGAAUUUCUUAAGGCUAUAAUUUGAUAACUGAACUCCACCAUGGUUUUUUGUUAGUACUAUUACAUAGCCAUCCGUCCCAGUUGAGCUGUGUGAAAGGGCAGCAUAGUUCAUGGGUAUCACAAAUAAUCUUCUUUGAAGUGGUCCCACACUGAAAUCUUCUCUGCUUUUCUGGCUAAAGUCCUUCUAGGAUGCCUGUGGAGAGGGGGAGGAUGGGCAUCAUCUUUGAUUCAGGUGUCUGCCAGAUAUUUGUGCCCAUCUAUGCCUUGCAUAUGGUCCUAAGCCCUGUUCCUUAGGGAACCUUAUACCUACUCUGUAAAGGAAUUGUUAGUGAAUUUAGAUUCUGUAAAGAAGAUAAUAAAAGUGUUUGUUUGGAAAAACUC